GGCCAUAUUGAAAUGUUCAUUAUUGUCGCUGGCAACACGCUGCUCAGACGAGCUGGAAAGAAAUGAAGACUUAACUAGUGUUACAGUUAAUGCAAAUUAAAAUUGGUUUCUCGUAUCAAGUUGACUUACCGUUAACUUGGAUGAACCGAAGAUGGAAGUAGGAUAUGUCUGUGAGUGGGAGAAGAGACCAAGGAGCAAUCAUUGCCCGUCAAUUCCGCUCGUGUGUGCAUGGUCUUGUAGAAACCUCAUCGCGUUUACCACCGAUCUUAAAAAUGAAGAUGAUGAAAAAGAACUUAGUCGUAUGAUCCAUAUUAUCGAUACGGAGCAUCCGUGGGAUGUGUACUCCAUCAACUCUGGCCACACAGAGGUGAUCGGCUGUCUGGAAUGGGAUCAGUCCGGCUCCAAGCUGCUGUCUGCCGAUGGAGACGGCCAGAUUAAGUGCUGGGCCAUGACUGAGCACCUGGUGAACAGCUGGGAGGGCACCCACAGCAGUGCAGUGGAGGGGGACCCCAUCGUGGCCCUGUCUUGGCUACACAACGGGGUCAAACUGGCUCUGCAUGUGGAGAAGUCGGGCUCCACUAACUUUGGAGAGAAGUUCUCUCGGGUGAAGUUCUCCCCGUCUCUGACGCUGUUUGGGGGGAAGCCGAUGGAGGGCUGGUUGGCCGUGACGGUCAGUGGCCUGGUGACCGUGUCCCUGCUCAAGCCCAACGGUGCGUUGCUAAGCGCCAGCGAGAACCUGUGCCGCCUGCGCGGUCGCGUGGCGCUGGCCGACAUCGCUUUCACCGGCGGCGGCAACAUCGUGGUUGCGGCGACGGACGGGAGCAGCUCGUCACCGGUGCAGUUCUACAAGGUGUGUGUGAGCGUGGUGAACGAGAAGUGCCGCAUCGACACGGAGCUGCUGCCGUCUCUCUUCAUGCGCUGCACCAGCGACCCCGUGCGCCGAGACAAGUACCCGGCCGUCACACACCUCAAGUUCCUCACGCGGGAGAACUCCGAACAGGUGUUGCUAUGUGCCUCCAGCCAGAUGGGCAGUAUAGUGGAGUGCUGGUCACUACGGAAGGAGGGACUGCCUGUCAAUAACAUUUUCCAUCAGCGCUCACCAGCUGUCGGGGAGAAGCAGCCUAUGAUCCUGAAGUGGCGAAUCCUCUCCGCCACGAACGACCUCGACCGCGUGUCCGCCGUCGCCCUUCCCAAGCUGCCAAUCUCCAUCUCCAACACUGACCUCAAGGUGGCCUCAGACACCAAGUUCUGCCCCGGCCUGGGCCUGGCUCUGGCUUUCCAUGACGGCAGUAUUCAGGUUCUGCACCGCCUCUCUCUCCACACCAUGGGCGUGUACUACGGUUCCUCCUCCGGUUCUUCCCAGCGUGCGGGCGAGGAACCCGCCAUCAAGAGGCAGCGCACAGGAGGUCCAACCAUCCACUUCAAGGCCCUGCAGUUCUCCUGGACGUCCCUGGCCCUGGUUGGGGUGGACAACCAUGGGAAGUUGCACAUGAUCCGAGUGUCGCCCUCCAUGGGCCAGAUGCUGGACAUGAACACGCUGCUGCGCCACCUGCUGUUCCUGUUGGAGUACUGCAUGGUGACGGGCUACGACUGGUGGGACGUGCUGCUCCACGUGCAGCCGGGGAUGGUGCACAACCUGGUGGAGCGGCUCCACGAGGAGUACAUGAGGCAGAACCAGGCCUUGCAGCAGGUUCUGUCCACGCGGAUUGUGGCAGUGAAGGCGUCGCUGUGUAAGUUGUCGUCGGCGACGGCUGCCCGUGCGUGUGACUUCCACGCAAAGCUCCUUCUCAUCGCCAUCAGCUCCACGCUGAAGUCGCUCCUGCGCCCGCACAUGCUCAGUACGCCUGACAAGAGCCCCGGCGACCGGCUGGCCGAGAUCUGCACCAAGAACACCGACACUGACAUUGAUAAGGUGAUGAUUAACCUGAAGACGGAGGAGUUUGUGCUGGACGGGCCUCCUCUGCAGUCUCUCCAGCAGCUCAUCCAGUGGGUGGGAGACUUCGUGCUGUACCUGAUGGCCAACCUGCCCAACCAGGGUUCGGUGGUGCGCCCCGGGUUUGGGUUCCUGCGUGACGGAGCGUCUCUGGGCAUGCUCCGAGAGAUGAUGGUGAUGAUCCGUAUCUGGGGCCUACUGAAGCCCGGCUGCCUGCCCAUCUACACGGCCACCUCCGACAACCAGGACAGCAUGUCCCUGCUCUUCCGCCUGCUCACCAAGCUCUGGCUCUGCUCUCGUGACGAGGGUCACCCCCAGGAGCCGGACGAGCCUCUGAUAGACGAGUGCUGCCUGCUGCCCAGCCAGCUCCUGGUCCCCAGCAUGGACUGGCUGCCCAUCAACGACGGCGUCAUCACCAAGAUGCAGAGCAAGCAGCCGCUGCGGCUGCAGUUCGGCAAACCCUGCUCUCUCCCCGGCACCAACUCCAACACACAGGUGGACAUCUUCUCCCGGAGCCCAGGGUCUCAGCGGAUGGAUAACCUGCGCUGCCUGCACCUGGGUGUGUAUCCCACUGAGGACAGCAAAGCCUGCACCAGGUGUGGCUGUGUGACCAUGCUGCGCUCCCCCAAUAAGACUAAUGCCAUGAAGCAGUGGGAGCAGCGCUGGAUAAAGAACUGCUUGUGUGGGGGGCUUUGGAGGAGGAUCCCCCAGGUUCUCUCCUGACCUCUGGGGGGCUUUGGAGGAGGAUCCCCCAGGUUCUCUCCUGAUCUGUGGGGGGCUUUGGAGGGGUUUCAGAUCGUAAAGUGACUUAUGGUCGAAUCUGAAUGACAGUGGAUUCUGAACCAGAGGAUCACAAGUGUGUGUGUGUGUG